AUGUCCAAUAAUAAUAAUUAUUCCGUUGAUGAACAACAUGAUGAACCACACAACAAUGACGAGUUGCAUCAUCAGUCGGAUGAAAUAAUAAUCAAUUCAAUUGAUGUUAUUGUGGAUGUGCAAGAAGAUGAAAAUAAUUCUCAUCAUCAGGUGGAAAUGAUUCGAUCCAUAACGCCCACCAUGGAUCCAUCGGCAAGGUCGGACAAGGAAAAUAUGGUCUCUUGCAGUAACAACAACGAAUCAUCCAUACAUUCUGCUAUUCAACAACAACCAACAUCAGCAAGUACAUUAUUAGUAGGAAAUGAAAAUGACACAAAAAGUACAGAACCCAUGAAUAACCCUCUUCCCACUUCUUCUUCAAAGAGUGAUAUCACUACGAAUGAUUUCGAAAUGGCACCACUUCACUCGACCAUGUCACCAACUAAAAUUACUCCACCGAAAUCCCUUGUUAAACAGGGUUCAAUUUCCUCAUCUGCUUCACAUCAGCAAAAACAAUCCAGAAUCAGUCUUGACAAUAGUGAAUUGCAUCGAAUUAGUAGAAUAGCUCUUUCCGAAAUUGAAAAUAGUAGUCUCUCGUUACAUCAGCAACAUGAAGGUGAGGAAUUGACAAACGAACCUCCUUUUUCGCCACCAACCAAGUUAAAUUAUUCGACACCUCAAAAACAUUUGUCGCAACACCAUCCCACCUCUUCCAUUCUCCAACAACACAACUCUGCCAAUUUACAAUCUCCUUUAAAUAUUUACCCUUCCCAUCACAACAAUAAUUUAUAUUCUCGUUUGUCAGCAUUGCCUGAUGACCAUAACUUGACAACAUUACCUCACAACGAUGAGAUUUCCUUGUCAACAACAAGUAAUUUCACAACUAACACGUCUGCCACUACCUCUUUGGCAAAUAGCUCUGCAAGAAGUAAAAUUGAAGAUGAACAAUUGUUGGAAGCUUGGAGAAAGUCAUACAAGCGAAGAGCAAGCAGAGCAGGAAGUAUAUGUGCAAAUUUAAAGACACAGGAUGAUCUGGCCCUCAUUGGUCUUCAACCAUUUCCUUCAACUGCGCUACCCAUUGCAGAUCAAUGGAAAAAUCUACCUUCCAGAUAUUACUACAAGGAUGAAGACGUGGAGGGUACUUUUUCUACACAAGGCAGAGUCAAACAAAGUAGAAUUAUCGUUUCAUCAACAAACAAAAAUAUUCAUGUUUCAGAGAGUUCUCUUGAUAUUGGAUCAUUGGAUCCAUGCCUUGAACCUGUGACUGCCAAUACGAACACUGUGGCAAUGUCAUCCAAGGACUUGGGAUUUAGCAGUAGUAGUGACGAGGAAGCACAUGAAGUUCGAAGACAACGCUCUGAAAAUAAGAUAUUGAGAAAAGCUCCCUCACGGAAUUUACAGAUUCAAGUGGAGAAACACUCGCCUCUGAUAUCAACCUUACAGGAUGGAAAAUCUCCAAAAAAAAUUACAGCAAUCACAGAUGUGCUUUUUCAUGACAAGAACCAUCCCACGAUUGUGUAUGCAUCGCCACAUAGCACCGCUUCAACCUCCACACCAUUGCCUUUCAAGAAUGAUGUCACGACAACACACAUACCAUCAAUUGUUGUAGACACCAUUCCAGAUUCCAACGUAAAACGAUUACCAAGACCAAAAGGUCGCUACGUCAACCACAUUCGUGAAGAGUCGUUGUACAUUGAAGAUACUGAAGAAGUGGAAGAUGAUUAUGUGGUGAAACAGACAGACAUGGAAAUGAUAGAAAAUACAAAAGAAAAACCAAAACCAAAACAAUCUGACGCAUACAAUGUAAAUGACUAUUUGAGCAUGAAACCUGUGAAAGAUAUUGUGAACAAAAACAUUGUAAAACAACUAAAGAAAUCAGAGGAUGAAGAUUUUAGUGACGACGAAGACGAAUCGGUAGUGACUGCACCUCCAACCAUAACAGAGACUAACGGUACCAAAACAGACGAGACAAACAAGAAAAAGUUUGAAAUUAUUUAUAUUAACGACCGAGAACAGAACAGAAAUUCUCGGAAACAUUGGCCUUCCAAUUACAUUCGAACAACCAAGUAUACAUUACUAACAUUUAUUCCAAAGAAUCUAUUUGAACAGUUCAAGAAAGCAACCAAUAUUUAUUUUCUCAUAUCUGUUAUUGCAGUAUUGAUACCUGGCGUGUCACCAGUUUUUCCAAUCACUGCCAUUAUACCUCUUGUAGCAAUUGUUUUACUACAAAUGAUUAAGGAUGGUAUAGAAGAUUUUCAGCGUUACAGACAAGAUCGAAAAGCCAACAAUAUCAAAUGCAGAGUUAUUAGAAAUGGAGCGGUGCAAGAAAUUAAAGUCAAAGAAGUGGAAUUGGGUGACAUUGUUCUCGUCAGCAAAGAAGAGGCCUUCCCAGCCGAUUUGUUAUGUAUACACUCUUCAAGAGAAGAUUCCAUGUGUUAUGUGGAAACGUCAAAUUUGGACGGAGAAACCAACUUGAAAACACGACGCUCGUUAAAAUCUGGAAAAUUCUUGCAUGACAUUCCCGAGUAUACAAUCCACAAAGAGCUCAGCAAUAUUCGAGGACAAUUGAAAAUAGAAGUGGCAAAUAGCAAUCUAGACACGUUUGAAGGAAAAGUUAAAAUCCAUGUAAAAGUCAGAGAAGUUAGAGAGACUCUGAAAGAAUCCAUUUCGAUGGAUAACUUGCUGUUGAGAGGAUGUUGCCUUAAAAACACCAAACUCAUUUACGGUAUUGCCAUUUAUGUCGGAAAGAAUGCCAAAAUGAUCAAAAAUCUUAAGGAAAAUAAGGUCAAACGUAAUUCUCUGGAGAUUGCUCUCAACAAGAUUUUAUUUUUCUUACUACUGUUGCAACAAGCUCUUUGUGCUGUGGUUGCUGCACUCUCAGGAUUGUUUCAAACCAAUUACAGUAGACAUGCUUUUUAUUUGAGACCAUUAGAUUCAGCUGAAGCAUCUUUUGUUUCGGUCAUGUCAAGCUGGCUUACUUGCUUUGUCAUGUUAAACUUGAUGAUUCCAAUGUCUCUAGUGGUUGGUAUGGAAAUUCUUAAAACCUUCCAAUCUAAAAAGAUUGAAUCAGAUCCCAAGAUGAUGUAUGGUAACUUUAAAGCAGAAGUGAAGAGCGCUAGUAUGAAUCAAGGACUUUCAAAACUCGAUGUCAUAUUCUCAGACAAGACUGGUACUCUCACACAGAAUGAAAUGAAAUAUUCAGAUUCAUGGGUUGGUGGUUUGUAUUACUCGGAAAUUAAUGCUCCUGGUAUGAUGAAAGAGUACUUGACCAAACACCCUGCAAGUAAUGACGAACCAUUGGUAUCAGACACUGCGGCUUAUCAUGCUUUCAUGUUACGAGAGUUUUUACUUUGUCUCUCGUUGAACCAUUCUGUCAUUCCAGAACGUGACCCAAAAAAUCAUGAUAACAUUGUUUAUGAUGGACCGUCCUCUGAUGAAAUUGCGCUCUUAGAGUGUGCAAGAAAUAAUGGUUUCAAAGUUUUACAAAGAACCAAUGCUGGUAUUUUGCUUGAAGAAAUGGGAGAGAAAAAAUUUUAUGACAUUAUGGCAACUUUUGAAUUUUCAUCCGAUCGAAAACGAAUGAGUGUUGUAGUGAAACAUCCAGAUGGAAAAUAUGUUUGUUAUUCGAAGGGAGCAGAUACCGUAAUGAUUAAGAGAUCAAGAGCAAGAAAACACUUUGUAAAUGACUUGAAGAUUGCAUUGGAGUCCUUCUCAAUGAAAGGUCUUCGAACUCUUGCGUGUUCCAGAAGGGAACUUUCCGAAGAAGACUUUAAUGUAUGGUUUGAAAGCUACACCAAAGCCACUCUUUCAACUAAGAAUCGUGAGAAACUCCUCGCUCAUAGUGCAGCAGAUAUGGAAAUUGAUUUGCAACUUAUUGGAUGCACAGCUAUUGAAGACAAGUUACAGGAAGAUGUCGUAGAGUCUAUUACCUUUCUCUCGCAAGCAGGUCUUCAAAUAUGGGUGUUAACAGGUGACAAAACAGAAACAGCCAUUAACGUUGCCUAUUCAACAAAUGUACUUCAGAAAGAUGAGACUAUUGAGAUUCGAAUUCGUGACGCCUGCAAUCACAAACAUGUCAAGAAAAAGAUGAAAGUGGCAUUAGAAUUCUUGGAAAAACAAAAGAACAAACACUUUGAGUAUGCUCUCAUUAUUGACUCCAAGUCGUUGGACUUGGCUCUUGAAAAGUAUGAGAAACAAUUUUUGAGAAUUGUCAAAUUUGUGAAGAGCGCUGUUUGUUGCAGAUUGAAACCAUUGCAAAAAUCAAGAAUAGUGAAACUCAUCGAGACCAAGCUCAAGAAAAAAGCUCUUGCAAUUGGAGACGGAGUUAAUGAUGUUGCCAUGAUUCAAGCCGCUUCCAUUGGAGUAGGAAUUCAAGGAAAAGAGGGUUCUCAGGCCUCUCGUUCCGCCGAUUAUUCCAUUCCUCGAUUCAAAAAUUUGGUUAGACUCAUUGCUGUUCAUGGAAGAUAUUGUUGUGUUCGAAAUGCUGACUUUUUACAUUUAAGUUUCUACAAGAACAUUAUGAUAGUGAUGCCACAAAUAUUUUACACCUUCUUUUGUGGAUUCACAUCAGCAGUAUUCUUUGAAUCGUGGCUUCUCACCAUGUUCAAUACUAUUUAUUGCUUUUUCCAACCUCUCAUCAGUGGAAUUUAUGAACAAGAUUUACCAGAAGAAGUGAUUUUGCAACAUCCAGAAAUUUAUGACUCUCUCAAACGAAAUGGAAAUCUAUUCAAUGCUCGAAGUUUAACAUUUUGGGUGUUGACUGCCAUCUAUCACGCUUCCAUUAUAUUUUUUGGAGUUUUUGUCAAUUACAUGUAUGGAUUUGACAUUUUAGAAAAUGGUCCUUCAGAUGUGUAUCAUUUUGGUACGAUUAUUAUGACAGCAACAAUGACUGUCAUAACAUUUAGGUUUGCAUUGGAAGUUAAAACCUGGUCGUUGCCAAUGAUGAUUUCUAUUUGGGGAAGCUAUCUUUCGUACUUUGUAUUUGUUGUCAUUUACACUCCUAUUCCAAAUUUUUUGGGAAAGGGAACUUUCUAUUCCAUUUACUACCAUACUUUCCUCAGUGUGAAAGGUACUUUGGUGACGUUGAUGGUCACAGGGGCGUGCCUUGUUCCAGAUUUAAUGUUCAAAUUUCUCAGAUUUAAUUACUUCCCUCAUGAUUACCAACAAUUGCUCAUUGAUUACAAGAGGGAGCAGGAGCUCGAACAAAAAGCUCACAAGAAAUCUGCAAAAAGUGAAAAAUCUCUUCAAACAGAACUCAAGAAUGCACCUAUCACCAAGGAAUCUGCAGUUUAG